UUCAGUGCAGUCCUAGCACAGCAAAAAAGAACAAACCUAAGUCAUGAGAGAGUAAUUGUGCACGUCGUGUAGGUUAUUUUGUGAUUAUAAUCUGCAAAUCUGAAUCAUGCAAAAUUUAACCAAGUGCCCGAAACGGCACUAUGUAACGUUCAGCCAAAUAUUUAAUUUCUUACCCAAGAAUGCUUAUCUCCAUCCCAAAAAGAAAGUCUUUUUUGACGUUAAAUAUUUAAGCUGUGCACAUAAGAAUGGAUCAAAUAGGUUAUUUCUCCCUAUGUCUUAUCAUGUUUUUAGAAAAAUAUGCAAGGAAAUUCACACUGUACAGUCUGCACUACUGUGCAGUAACAUGGGAGUAUUCAACUUUUUCCCAAGGUUUGAUAAUGUAAGAUAUUUUAAUACAACAGGUAGCAAUUCUAACAAACAAUCAUCAAAAGAAUCUGGUGCUGAGAAUCCAGAUAAGGAACCUGACCAAAAUGAGGAAAUGAAAGUAUUUCUUCGUAAGCUUUCUAUGUUGACUGUAUGCAUAUCUAUUUUUCUGAUUGCAUUAAAACAACAAAUAGAUAGUAAUAUAGAACCUAUACUAUCUGUCUCCUGGAAUGAAUUUGUAUAUAAUAUGUUGGCCAAAGGGGAGGUUGAAGCCAUUUUUGUGAAUCCUAAUAUUGAAUAUGUUAAAAUUUUGCUUCAUGAAGGUGCUAUUAUCAAGGGAAAUAAAUCCAUGUAUAAUAGAUACUUAAUGUCUGUUCCAAACAUUGAGCAUUUUGAAGAAAAGCUGAGAAAAGUGGAAAGAAGUCUUGGCAUAAAAGCUGGUCAUGGGGUACAAAUUAUAUAUGAGAGAAAAAUGGAAUUUAUAUCAAGCAUCAUAAAAUUUAUGUUGUUUCUGUUGAUAACUGUUGUUUUCUUCAUUUUCUUCAAGAAACGAUUUUCUAUCAAUCCCCUUGGUUUUAUCUCACAGAUGAAACAAGCAAAAUUCACGUUGGUUGAGCCAUUUGUGGGGAAAGGUAAAGGUGUACAUUUUGCAGAUGUAGCUGGACUGAAAGAAGCUAAGAUAGAAGUGAUGGAGUUUGUUGAUUAUCUUAAGCAACCUGAGCGUUACAAAGUGCUUGGUGCUAAGGUACCUCAAGGUGCCCUGCUUUUGGGACCUCCUGGUUGCGGUAAAACCUUAUUAGCUAAAGCAGUGGCGACUGAGGCAAGUGUACCAUUCUUAUCAAUGAAUGGUUCUGAAUUUAUCGAAGUAUUUGGUGGCUUAGGAGCUGCUCGAGUUAGGGAUUUAUUCAAAGAGGCCAAAAAAAGAGCACCAAGUAUCAUAUACAUCGAUGAAAUUGACGCAAUCGGCAAGAAACGUUCAGACAAUUCACUUGGAAUUAUUAAUAGCGAGUCCGAACGAACCCUAAAUCAACUUUUGGUAGAAAUGGAUGGAAUGAUUUCGAAAGAAGAUGUUAUUAUAUUAGCUUCAACAAAUAGGGCGGACGUGUUGGACAAAGCAUUACUGCGACCCGGUAGAUUUGACAGGCACAUCUUAAUCGAUUUUCCCACAUUAGAGGAGAGACAACAAAUUUUCGAGACUCACCUCAAGAAAAUAUCUUUGAAAAACGAACCUUCGAAGUAUUCGGGAUACUUAGCUUAUCUCACACCUGGUUUCAGCGGUGCUGACAUAGCGAACGUUUGCAAUGAAGCUGCGCUACAUGCUGCGAGGGACAAGAAGAAGCAAGUUGAUAGCAACGAUCUUAUGUAUGCAAUCGAUAGAACGAUAGGUGGUUUAACGAAAAGGAAUAAUCCACUGACACCAUCCACGAAACGUGUGGUUGCUUAUCACGAAGCCGGUCACGCGUUGGUGGGCUGGUUGUUGGAGCACACCGAUGCUUUGCUCAAAGUAACGAUAGUACCGCGAACUAACUUGAGUUUAGGAUUCGCUCAAUAUACUCAGUCCGAUCAGAAGCUCCACACUAAAGAAGAAUUAUUCGAACGGAUGUGCAUGAUGUUAGGUGGUCGAGCGGCAGAGCACAUAACGUUCGAUAAGAUCUCAACGGGAGCGGAAAAUGAUCUAAAAAAAGUAACGAAGACAGCGUAUGUGCAGGUUCAACAGUAUGGCAUGAACCCAGUUAUAGGUUUAAUUUCUUUUAAAGAAAAUACUGAUAUGGAAAGCAAGAAACCGUACAGUAAAAAGUUAGGCAAUUUAAUGGAUAUUGAAGUGAGGAAGAUGAUCGCGGAAGCGUACGAACAAACUCGGAAAUUACUUUUGGACAACAAGGACAAGUUGGAUACGCUUGCAGGAGCUUUAUUAGAAAGAGAAACGUUGACUUAUGAUGAUGUAGAAAAUUUAAUUGGGCCGCCACCAUAUGGAAAGAAACGGCUUAUAGAGCCGGCAGAAUUUGAAGAAUCUGAUUCACCCAGAGAAUCCCCGUCAGUAGAUAAAACGACAUAGUGUAAAAUGUUUUAAGUAUUUUUUUGUAGAUAUUUGUACUAUAAUAUCAAGAUCAGUGUGAUAAAUGUAUUUAAAAAAAAGAAAAACUUUCGGUAAACUAUUUAGAACAGUUUGAAAAUUGCGUUUUCAUUGCUAUGAUACAUAUACAGAUGUAUUUUAAUUUCAUGCAUAAUGUGUGAUCGCCGUUACAUAUUUUGCAACUAAAUUCGAACAACGGGAAUAAAUGAAAAAUUAUACGAAUGAA